AUAAAAGUAAAAUUCAACAAGAAGGUCAACCACAGGAAAAUAAGACUUUUCUGUGUGCUAAAACUGGGGCUUUCAAUCGAAUUGCAUAUCGUUCACUUUAUAAACCUCCGUGGUGCGUUUACGAUUACAAAAUGCAUAGUUGGGUCGUUCUUUUAGUUUGCUCUUUUGCCGCGGCCGUGGUAGCCCUGCCCUCCGGUCCAGGCUACGGUGGAGUCGUACUCUCAGCACCGCAGUAUGGUGAACGAGCAGAAUUAGAUAGAGCCUAUGUAGUACCGACCGGCUACGCGUACCAACCGGAAAUCAAGAUCGUAGAGAGGCCACCUGAAGCUAUCGAAUAUUACAACCACGUCCAGAAGGAGCACCAGAAGAAGUACGAGGAGAAGGUUCUUAAAGACGCUUACAACAAGUACUUGGAUAAAAAAGUAGCUUACAAGAAAGGAAAGGUUGCCGCCAUCUUCGGCAAGGCCGUCGAGAAAGCCAUCGAUUUGAAAGCGGUGCUGACUCAGCAAACUCUAGAAUUCAUUACUAAAGUAGCUAUUAAGACGGCGGCUAACUUAGCCAAGUCAGGAGUGAAAGCCAAAGUACAUAAGAUACAAGAAAAACAAACACCAGAGUAUGCUUAUAAAUACUACUAGAUACCCAACACUUUUUUGUUAAUUUUACAUAUAAAUCAAUCACCCUUAGCGUAGAAAUUUAGAGUAUUUAUUUAAAUAAAGAAUAAAACAUUAGUCAUUGUAAAUAUCAGAUAUUUUUGUACAUAGAAAUAAAAAUAUAUGAGUACUUAGUGUAGAUACAUUUACUUUCAUUUUUAUUUGCCUAUUACAUAUAAUCUUACAAAUAAGCAUGUAACUAAAUGUAUCAAAGUUGUUAAUAUAUUAAAAAUAAAUCAAUUUUGCAUA